ACAUACGGAGUAGCAAACAUAUCGGUUCGGCUCGCUCAAGGCUCAUCACGCAGCAGACACGACCAGAUCGCCCAGACGCCGACCGACGCCUCUCGCUCCCCCGUCUCCCGGAGAUCCUCUGCAGCGACAGACACCUCCGGCCUCCGGCCGCCACCCCAUCCCCCGCGUAACCAGAUCCGCGGUGACCCCCAUCCUCCUCGCUCUCCUUCUCGGCCCUCGGUAGAUCUACGCGGGCCGCGACCAUGAUCAAUUUUGUGCUCCUGAUCAGUCGCCAGGGCAAGGUGAGGCUCACCAAGUGGUACUCGCCCUACACACAGAAGGAGAGGACUAAGGUCAUACGGGAACUAAGCGGGCUGAUUCUUACUCGAGGGCCAAAACUCUGUAACUUUGUCGAGUGGAGAGGUUACAAGGUUGUGUACAGGAGGUAUGCCAGCCUCUAUUUCUGCAUGUGCAUUGAUGCCGAUGACAACGAGCUUGAAGUCCUUGAAAUCAUCCAUCAUUUUGUUGAGAUACUCGACCGCUAUUUUGGCAGUGUAUGCGAGCUGGAUUUGAUAUUCAAUUUCCACAAGGCCUACUAUGUACUGGAUGAGAUUCUCAUUGCUGGCGAGCUUCAGGAAUCCAGCAAGAAAAAUGUUGCAAGACUUAUUGCUGCACAGGAUUCUUUGGUAGAGGCUGCUAAAGAGGAAGCUAGCUCCAUAAGUAACAUCAUUGCCCAGGCUACGAAGUAAAUUCUGCGCCAUAUGAUCCCUCCUGCUCUGCUCCUUUGUUUAUGGCUGUGUUGGUAAAUCUGAUGUAAUGGCUCAUUUGCUCUGUCCAUUUUCCUAAGAAAUAUGACUUUCUGGAGUCCCAGUUCAUUCGGAAUGAGUGAUAUGUAACUACAGUAUAUGUUUCCUUUGCAACUGAAUUUGGGAUCUUCACAGACAAGCUAUCAUGAAGAUUUCUCAUCAAUAGUUCUAAAGCAAUGUUCUGUAAAAGCCAUAAUCAUAAUUUGACA